UCUCUGGGACACGGCCGGGCGGCGCGGCGGGAGUGCACAGGACCCGCCAUGGCGGCCGAAGCCUCGGAGAGCGAGCCGGCUCUGCAGGAGCUCAUGCGCGAGGCGGAGAUCAGCCUGCUGGAGUGCAAGGUGUGCUUUGAGAAGUUUGGCCACCGGCAGCAGCGGCGCCCGCGCAACCUGUCCUGCGGCCACGUGGUCUGCCUGGCCUGCGUGGCCGCCCUGGCGCACCCGCGCACGCUGGCCCUCGAGUGCCCAUUCUGCAGGCGAGCCUGCCGGGGCUGCGACACCAGCGACUGCCUGCCGGUGCUGCACCUCAUAGAGCUCCUGGGCUCAGCGCUUCGCCAGUCCCCGGCCGCCCACCGCGCCGCCCCCAGCGCCCCCGGAGCCCUCACCUGCCACCAUACCUUUGGCGGCUGGGGGACCCUGGUCAACCCCACCGGACUGGCGCUUUGUCCCAAGACGGGGCGGGUCGUGGUGGUGCACGACGGCAGGAGGCGUGUCAAGAUUUUUGACUCUGGGGGAGGAUGCGCGCAUCAGUUUGGAGCGAAGGGGGACGCUUCCCAAGACAUUAGGUAUCCUGUGGAUGUCACCAUCACCAACGACUGCCAUGUGGUUGUCACUGACGCCGGCGAUCGCUCCAUCAAAGUGUUUGAUUUUUUUGGCCAGAUCAAGCUUGUCAUUGGAGGCCAAUUCUCCUUACCUUGGGGUGUGGAGACCACCCCUCAGAAUGGGAUUGUGGUAACUGACGCGGAGGCAGGGUCCCUGCACCUCCUGGACGUCGACUUCGCGGAAGGGGUCCUUCGGAGAACUGAAAAGUUGCAAGCUCAUCUGUGCAGUCCCCGAGGGGUGGCAGUGUCUUGGCUCACGGGGGCCAUUGCAGUCCUGGAGCACCCCCUGGCCCUGGGGACUGGGGUUUGCAGCACCAGGGUGAAAGUGUUUAGCUCAAGUAUGCAACUUGUCGGCCAGGUGGAUACCUUUGGGUUGAGCCUCUAUUUUCCCUCCAAAAUAACUGCCUCUGCUGUGACCUUUGAUCACCAGGGAAAUGUAAUUGUUGCAGAUACCUCUGGUCCUGCUAUCUUUUGCUUAGGAAAACCUGAGGAGUUUCCAGUACUGAAGCCCAUGGUCACUCAUGGUCUUUCCCAUCCUGUGGCUCUUACCUUCACCAAGGAGAAUUCUCUUCUUGUGCUCGACACAGCAUCUCAUUCUAUAAAAGUCUAUAAAGUUGACUGGGGGUGAUGGGCUGGGGUGGGGCCCUGGAAUCAGAAGCACUAGUGCUGCCAUUAAUGAAUUGUUUAACCCUGGAUAAGUCACUUAAACUCAUCUAUGCAGGCAGGGAUAAUUAAAACUGUCUGGUAGACUUA